AUGGACAAAUCGAUAAAGCGCGGCCUCAACGACAGGAUAUACGACAAGCGGAAGGCGGCGGCCCUGGAGUUGGAACGCGUGGUGCGCGAUUCACUAAGCACGGGCGAUACAGAAAAGAUUGUCAACAUCAUUAAACAACUGAGAAACGAGUAUGCGUAUGCCGUGCACCAGCCAAACGCUAGAUAUGGAGGUCUGAUUGGCCUGGCGGCUGUUGCUAUUGCUUUGGGCCAGAAUGAAGUUCCAAAAUACUUGGAAAGCAUCAUGCAUCCUGUCCUUGCCUGCUUUGGAGAUCAGGACUCCAUGGUGCGCUACUUUGCGUGCGAGGCACUUUACAACAUUGCCAAAGUGGCCAAGGGGGAAAUUCUGGUAUACUUCAAUGAAAUAUUUGACGUCUUGUGCAAAUUGGUGGCAGAUGUGGAGAUGAGCGUGAAGAACGCAGCAGAUAUAUUGGACAGACUCAUCAAGGAUAUCACCAGUGAAAAGGCCGCUACGUAUGUGUCCGUGCUUGCGAAACCUGUGGAGCCGCCGUCCGCUAAGGUGGUAGAUCAGAAAGGGAAAACAUUGCAGGUUUACGAGCCACAGCUGCCAAAGGCGUUCUCGCUGGAGAAAUUCAUCCCGUUGUUGAAAGAACGCAUGUACGCAACGAACCCCUACACGAGAAUGUUUCUUGUUUCGUGGCUCCGACUCCUGGACUCGAUUCCGGGCCUGAACCUGAUCUCCUAUCUACCUUCGUUCCUGGAUGCACUUUUGUCUUACCUCAGUGCCACGUUGGAAGACGUUCGCGUGGUGACGGAAAACUUCCUCAAACUGCUGCUCCAUGAGAUCCAAAAAGUGUCCGAAAUCAAGAAAAUGGUUUCUCAGGAAAAGGCAGACGACAGCAAGGAAAAGGACCUGUAUAUUCCUGGCCAGGACAUUGUCAUUGAUUAUCCAAAGAUCAUCGAUCUGCUCAUCACCUCGCUCGACUCGACGGAAGAAUUGAUCCAGCUAGUUGCUCUGCAGUGGCUGGUGGCUCUGUUGGAAAUUUCUCCAGAGUCGUUCAUUGUGUUCAUGGCCAAAUUGCUCGCUGUGCUGCUCUCCACCAUCUCCCAUUCCAACAAACAGCUCCGAGAUAUUUCCGUUCUUCUCAACUCGAAGCUGAUGGAGCUGGCAGCCAACAACCAUUACGACAUAAAUUACACGCUCAUUGUGAACCAACUGACACUGCAGUUUCUGAACGAGAAAGAAAGCACGCGACUUGCCUCUCUUGACUGGCUGAUCAUGCUGCACGAAAAGGAUCCAAUCAAGUUCCUUGAGCAUUCAGACAACACCUUUGUCACUCUGCUGAAAGCCAUGAAUGACCAAUCGGACAAGGUCAUUAAUAAGGAUCUCGAACUGCUGUCCAAGAUCUCCAACCAGACCGACGACAGAUAUUUCCAGUCGUUCAUGGUGGAUCUGCUAAAUCUGUUCAAACGCGACCGUAAACUGCUGGACACACGCGCAGAUUUUAUCAUCAGGACCGUGUGUAAGUCCCUCGAUGCUGAGCGGAUCUACAAAUCGCUGUCCAAGGUUUUGAGCGAGGAGGAGUCAAACCUCGGCUUUCUAUCCAUUAUGAUCCAGAUUCUCAACAACAACCUCAUCAUAGCUCCCGAACUGACGGCUCUGCGCCAAAAGCUGAUUCGCGGAGACGACUUCGAUCUGUUCAAAACGCUGUUCAAGUGCUGGUCCUUGAAUUCUGCCUCUGUGCUGUGUCUGACGCUUCUGACCUCCAACUACAAACUCAGCUACAAGAUCGUGCUUGAUUUGGCCAACUACGAGGUCUCGCUAAACCUGCUCAUCCAGCUUGAUCUGCUGAUCCAGCUUCUCGAAUCGCCAGUGUUUGCACGUCUCCGACUGGACCUACUCAACCCGCAGAAGAAUAAAUAUUUGUUCAAGUGCCUGUACGGACUGCUGAUGCUGCUACCUCAGUCCAACUCAUUCCGAACCUUGCAAAAUAGACUCAAUUCGAUCACUCCGAUCGUCCAUCUCCAAUUCGAGGACGACCACGACGAGAAGCCGUCGCGAGACGACGCAGAGUUGCUGGGCUAUUUUGACGGAUCUCAGAAAAGACUCAACAACCUGAAAUCCAGCCAGUCGUUCGAUAUCAACUCGAACUUCAGCAACCAGCUCAUAAUCAAAGACUCGGGUACCGAUCUUUCGAAUUUGGUCAACGAAGAGGCCACCACCGUGCACGCGCCAAAGAAAAUGGACUACAUUACCAAGUUUUCCGGAAGACUGAAGAAUAACAAAUAG